GUUUUUUAUUUAAUUUAGGUCAUUUCAAAAAACCCUGACCAGGAGGAUGUUGUCUUUAGAUUUCCUUGACGAUGUUCGGCGGAUGAAUAAGCGCCAGCUCUACUACCAGGUGCUGAACUUUGGUAUGAUCGUGUCUUCCGCUCUGAUGAUCUGGAAAGGUCUGAUGGUGGUGACAGGGAGUGAGAGCCCUAUUGUGGUUGUAUUAAGUGGGAGUAUGGAGCCUGCUUUCCAUCGAGGUGACCUGCUGUUCCUGACCAACCGGGUCGAGGACCCCAUCAGAGUCGGCGAGAUUGUCGUCUUCAGGAUAGAAGGGAGAGAGAUCCCCAUAGUACACAGAGUGCUGAAGAUUCAUGAAAAGGAAAAUGGUGACAUCAAGUUCCUGACCAAAGGUGACAAUAACGCAGUAGAUGACAGAGGACUCUACAAGCAGGGACAGCACUGGCUGGAGAAGAAAGAUGUGGUGGGAAGAGCCAGAGGGUUUGUGCCAUAUAUUGGCAUAGUUACCAUUCUUAUGAACGACUACCCCAAAUUCAAGUAUGCUGUUCUUUUCCUGCUGGGCCUGUUUGUCCUGGUCCAUCGGGAGUGAGACUGACUACCUGACUGUCCCGGAGUGAGGAUUAGAAAUCUUCACCAUGCCUUUUCAAGACAGAAUUAUGUUUAAUUAUGUCAAUACACGUUGCUAUUUCUGUACCAUAUUUUGUGGCUCAUCUGUAGAAAUGUGGAUAGUUUUGUUUACAUUUCAGAAAAACAAGCUUUACAAUUUUUUAUGAGUGGAGAUUCAAUUUAAGUAGCGUAAGGAGCUCUUCAGUACAUUAGUAAAAUAUUUUAAAUGGUUAAUUACAUUUUCUUUCACUGGUAAUUCAUUUUAACAAUGAACAUUGUUUUGCUUUGCUUAAAGUAUUGUCUGACAGGUAUGUUUGUGAAAUUAAAUAUGACAUAAGUUUCCCUC